AUGACCACUAACAUCCCCGAAAUCCUCCUCCUCUGCAUGGACAUCACCUUCCUCACAACCUUCAACGAAACCCUCAAAGCCCUCUGGCCCUCACACACCCCGACCAAACUAAAAAUCACCCCCAUCAACGCACGCCUCAACAACCUCCCCAAAGAAACAACCUUCGACCUAAUCGUCUCCCCCGCAAACUCCUACGCCCGUCUCGACGGCGCCUUCGACCACGCAAUCUCACUAACCUUCAGUCCCCGCUCCGACUACCACGCCCUCACCCGCGCCGCGCAAGCCGUCCUCUACGAUAAAUACCGCGGCUUCGCGCCCCCGGGGUCCUGCACGCUCGUCGAGUUCCCCGCGGAACUGAAGCAGAAUGGCUACGGGUGUGAGUGGCUCGCGCUGUGUCCGACGAUGCGUGAUCCGGCGGACGUGAACUGGGAUCGGGAGGUGGUUUAUGAGUGUGUGUGGAGUUUGUUGUGUCAGGUGGAGGGGUUUAAUCGGGGUUCUGGGGAAGGGAGGAGGAUUGGGAGGAUGCUUAUGACGCCGCUUGCGGUGGGGAUUGGGAAGGUAAGUAAGGAGAGGUGGGCGGCGCAGACGGUUUUGGCGAUGAAGAUGUUUGUGGAUGCUGUUGAGAGGCCCGAGAGGUGGGGGGAUAUGCAGUGGGAUGAGAUUGAGAAGGAUUGUAUUGAGGUUGAGGGGACUUGGGGGUUGUGA